AUGCAUAUCACAUAUGGAGGAAUCUCAUGUCAUUUUGCUUUUCCCACUUGUCCUUUCUCUUUUUUUCUCCCUCAUGUUACCAAAAUAAACCUUAAUUUCCAUAACAGACACAUUUUCAUUCAUUCCCAUUUUUCUACCUAUAAAGCCAACACCCCUCCUUCUUCCCUCAUUGCUCAUUUACACACAUUAUUUCUCAACCCCAACCAGCCAUGGGAGGGGGCAAGCAAGUCGAUGUUGAUGUCGGUGUUGACGACAUUAGCCUCAAGGACCUCUCGUUAAAGCUCGAGGAGUUUGCCAAGGCCAGAAACUGGGAGAAGUAUCAUAGUCCUAGAAACCUUCUCCUUGCCAUGGUAGGAGAAGUAGGAGAGUUAUCAGAAAUAUUCCAAUGGAGAGGAGAAGUGGAGAAAGGACUGGCAGAUUGGGAAGAAUCAGACAAAGAGCAUCUUGGUGAAGAACUUUCUGAUGUGUUGCUUUAUCUCAUCAGAUUGGCUGAUAUUUGUGGAAUCAAUUUGGCUAAUGCUGCUACUAAGAAACUUGUUAAGAACUCCAUCAAAUACCCCACCCCUUAGCUUUUUUAUUAUUAACCAAAAAAAAAAAAAAAAAAAAGUUAAUUUUCCCAUCUUUCCUCUUCCUAUUCCUUUUUUUUUUCUCCCCAUUUUGUGUACUGUAGUUUCCAAAAAAAAAAAAAAAAAAAAAAACACUACAUAAGAUAUCCAUUUCUCUAA